CGGGAGACUCAGUCUCUAUUGAAUCUCAACGUGGGCACAACGCACAAAUUCGAAUAUUUUGUCAUGGACUUUGACAAGAUUUUGGAAAAAUGCGGAAAUGCUGGUCGCUAUCAGUAUCUGAUGUUGUUGUUGCUUGGCUAUAUAGCAUUUACGACAACAGUGCAUUAUUAUUCACAGAAUAUUAUAGGAUUCGUUCCGCAACAUUGGUGCUAUCAUCAGGAUUUGGCGAAUCGAAGUCACGAGGAGAUUGCAGCCAUCUAUAAACCAUUUGGCAAAGAUGCCUCCUGCAUACGACUCGACUCGAUAGAGGGGACAAAUGUGACAGUUAGUGAGAAGGCCUGUGAAAAAUGGAUAUACAAGUAUGAUUAUGGAUUUCGUAGCAUGAAUGCAGAGUUAAAUUGGGUAUGUGAAGAUGCGUACAAGGCACGUAUUGGACAAUCGCUUUUCUUUUUGGGAUCUCUGGUGGGUACAUUUACAUUUGGAAUCCUAGGCGACAAGAUCGGACGAGUACGUGCCGUGAUUUUGGCCAAUCAGUGUGGUUUCGUUGGUGACUUUUUAACCACCUAUGCCACUAAUCUAGUGCAAUUUGCCAUUUUUCGUUGCAUUUCGGGAUUGGCGGCCACUUCAAAUUAUUAUCUGAUGUUUAUUCUGGUGCUCGAGUACUUGGCCCCCAAGCUACGUAAUUUGGCUCUUAGUGGAACACUGGGUUUCUGCUUCUGUCUGGGCGCUCUAGUGGCUCCAUGGUUAAGUGUUUUAGCUGGAAAUUGGCGCAUCUAUUUGACAUUCUCGGCCCUGUUGCAACUGGUGGUGGGUCUCUUCUAUUUCGUGGUACAAGAGAGUGCCCAAUGGCUGAUAACGCGCAGCAAUGUGGAAGGAGCCAUUGCCCGUUUGAAGCAUAUUGCCCAUUUUAAUGGACGUCAAGUAUCGCCCAUUGAUUUUGAAGCAUUUCGCAAUCGUUGCAUAGGAAAACGAAAGCCAUCCCAUCAAAAGGAGCGUUCUGUAAGAAUAUUUGAUCUAUUACGUACUCCACAAUUGCGUAAAACUUCGCUACUGGUGAUACUUACCUUUAUGCUGACCUCUUUGAGCUUCAAUACAAUUUCACGUAAUGUUGAGGGGUUGGGCCUAUCACCUUUUGUGGUAUUUUCUUUAUUUGCUGUGGUUGUGCCACCAUCGGGAAUCAUUCAAGGUCUACUACAAAGUCGUGUGGGACGCAAGGCUACGGCGUUUCUGGCCAUGGUCACCACUGGUCUGCUGUCCUUGGCCUUGGGCGUGGCUCUAUCCCAGGAGGGAGCUCAGCAUAAUGUGACACUAUUGCUGGCAUUUGCUUUGCCCAUGCGUUUGGGCAUAUCAAUGUGUUACACCGUGACCUCUCAGUUCUCGUCGGAGUUGUUGCCCACCUGUGUGAGGUCUCGUGGCAUGGCGGCUGUUCAUUUGUCGGCAGCAGCUGCCUCGUUUAUAUCCCCGUAUCUAAUUCACUUGGGCACCAAAUUGGCAGCGGCACCAUCUCUAAUUCUUUCUGUUGUACUGCUAACUGCGGCCUUAGGCACACUCAUGUUGCCAGAGACGAAUAACAGAAAACUUCCCAUAACAUUAGAGGAUGGCGAAGCCUUUGGUAAAGGUGAAUCCAUGUGUGCAUUCGAUUGCUGUCGUCCUCGUGAUGAUGAUGAUGAUGAUGAUGAUGGGGCUAAGGUAGCCUUAGAGGAACUUAAGCUAACUGGGAUCAAUGGAACAACAUCAAAGACUGAAACUGAUUUAAAUGAUGAAGAAGUUUAGUUAAAGGAUUUUCGACACACUUUUUGUUCCGAAACUUGACAAUAGAUGGUGAAAUUUAUUUUAUUUGAUUGAUUUCCAUUUCACAAUUUGCAACACAAUUUUUUACUUAAAGAGUGUGUGUGUGUGUGUGUGUGUUUGUGUGGUUUGUGUGUGUGCCUUAGUUUUUACACUGCAUUUUGUAUUGAGCCAAAUAGUUGUUCAUUUCCUUAGUAUUGUUGAUUUUGUUUGUAUUAAGUACUUACUUAUAAGUAAAAAUACAUAAUGUAUAUAAGGUAUAUUGUUUAUAAACCUCAUGUAUUUGUUGUUAGUAUAGUUUUAAAUGCCA